ACCCAAUAUUAUUUCCGACUGCAUCGACCAAGAAUUGACCGGGCUCCUGCUUCCAGUCACGUCGCAGCGGGUCGUUUCUUCUACUAUCCUCUAUGCAUUGCAGACGACACGCUUGGCCCAGUGUCUGUCGGAAAUGCGUUCAGACUCGACAGUCAUCGACUGCAGCUAAGCUGAAAGACACAAAAUGGGAUACCGCUUCAUCGCCUAGGUCCUCGACGUCGCCUCUGAUGAGGAAAUGGGCACCCCGCGACCCGUCCAACAUCUCAUUACCGUCUACUGCGUCAACAAGUCCGCGAUCGUCUUCACUGGGAGCUUCGAAAUGGACUCGGCCACCUCAGCCGCCACCGACGUCAGGGUAUGUUCGUGGUGGUGUGAGGACUCCGGAGAGUGCUGGCAGGACAACUCCGACGCAGACCGUCGAUUGGAUGAGACGUAUCCCUAGCAGGCCGUCGGAAAGUGCCACUGUUCAGCCAACCAUUCAGCCAACAAUCAUCCCGGUACGGACAGACGUGAAGCCCUUGUCGACUAUCGGACAGCGUCAACGGGAUCUAGGACGCGGAAUAGAACGAGGACUCGCCCCUCAUCAGCUUCCCAAAAAGCCGGAAGCGGUUCCGGAUUCACGAAGGCGAGAUUCCCCGCAAAGCAGGCCUCCGGCAGCAGUAUCUAAAGCAAAGGUUGAAACCCGGUCUGAUGAAGCUGUUCUGGAGGAAGAAGAGGAUGCGUCGGAAGUGAGAUAUGAGCCGGAGGCCGACGAGGGUGCAAGUCUCAGAGAUCAGGAACGAUGGCGGAGCAAGCAUCAACGACAUGGAGAGCGGGGAUCUAUACUGAAAACAAUGGGAUACGUUCGACCUACUACCAUUGAACAGCGCUCCACAUCAGAAGUCAAGACUGUAAAAAAGAGACCGCGGAAAGCAAUUGUCGAGAAACACGUUUCCCCUGACAUUUAUAUCCCUACUAUGAUAUCCGUAGGUUCAUUAUCUCAGUUGUUGGACGUUCGCCUAACAACUUUACAACGAGCCAUGCGAAGAGCAGGGAUGGAGGAUCAAAUGUCUUAUGAUCAUGUUCUCACCGCUGACUAUGCUGUCCUACUGACGGAAGAAUUCGGACGAAAUCCAAUCGUCGACGAUGAGCUCGCCUUCAAUCUCUACCAAGUCCCUCCACAUCCCGACCCCAGCUCUCUUCCUAUCCGUCCACCAGUCGUCACCAUUAUGGGUCAUGUCGACCAUGGAAAGACGACUCUCCUUGAUACCUUACGUUCCACGUCUGUCGCAAAAGGUGAGGCGGGUGGUAUUACCCAACACAUUGGUGCUUUCUCCGUUCCUGUUCCCGGUACAAAAGACACUAUUACGUUCCUCGACACGCCUGGGCAUGCAGCAUUCUCCGCUAUGCGUGCCCGUGGUGCUCGCGUGACUGAUAUUGUGGUCUUAGUCGUGGCAGCCGAUGACGGUAUAAUGCCUCAGACGAAGGAAGUCAUCGGCCUAAUACAGAAAGAGAAGGGCAAUAUCCCGGUCGUCGUUGCGAUUAAUAAGAUCGACAAGCCGGGUGCCGAUGUCGAAGCUGUUCAAAAGGCAUUGUUAGCGGCUGACGUACAGUUGGAAGAAUUUGGUGGCGAUGUCCCCUCAGUAGAGGUUUCUGGAUUGACAGGAAAGGGAUUACCUACACUCGUGGAAACAUUGUCUGCCAUGGCAGAGAUGCAAGAACUUCGUGCUGAGCAAGAUGGUCCUGUGCAUGGAUAUGUUCUAGAAUCACAGGUGCAGAAAGGGCUUGGUGCUGUGGCGACAGUUUUGGUGCUUCGGGGGUGCUUGAAGCCAGGCGCUCAUAUCCUAGCAGGGCUUAGUCAAAGCAAAGUACGAGUUAUGUCUGACUCUACAGGAAAGGUUGUUAAAGCCGCCUAUCCUGGCAUGGCUGUGACCGUGUCUGGCUGGAAAACACUUCCAAACGCGGGAGACGAGGUGCUUCAGGGCUCUGAAAGCGACGUGAAGAAGGCUUUAGCCAACAGGGUUAGGCAGGCGGAGAUCGAAGCGUCGUUGAAAGACGUAGAGGCCAUUAAUAAGGCUAGAAGAGAGGAGCGGGAGCGGCGAGAAGAAGAGGAAGCUGCCGCAGAGGCGGAAGAGGCCGGCACGAGAGCAAAAACCUAUGUCAGUGGUAGUGCGGAGGCAGUAGUUGGCGCCAUCCAUGGGAUUGGGAAUGACGUUGCAAUAAGCCGUGUCAUCUCUUCUUCCGUUGGCGAUGUAUCAGAGUCGGAUAUCAUGAUGGCGAAGGCUGCGGGAGGUAUACCAUCUCAUUUCCAACCUCUUGUUUGUUGUUUGGCUUUUCUGAUUCUAGUCCCUCCUAUCGAGGCCAUCGCCAUUCAAAAUCAAGUUCCGAUCUGCUCGUCAGGUAUUAUUUAUCGAUUGGUAGAUGAUAUCACGGCGCGUGUCGUAGAUCUGUUACCCAAGAUUUAUGAGACCAGGGUUACUGGCGAGGCGACUGUUUUGCAGCUUUUCGACAUAUCGUUGAAGGGUGGGGUAACGAGGAAGGUCGCUGGAUCUCGUGUAAUUAGUGGGCUGGUUGAGAAGAAUAAAACGGCGAAGGUGGUAAGGAGUGGAAAAGUUAUCCACGAAGGUCCGUUCAAUAUCUUCUGUGAUAUACGUGCAAUUGCUCAUGUACUUUUAGGGACCGUGGACACAAUGCGGAUAAUGAAAAAGGAGGUCACGGAAAUCCGCAAGGGAACGGAAUGUGGACUGGGUCUGGCAGGAUACUCAGAUCUCUUACCGGGAGACACCGAUUACAGACGUACUGAGACCAUAGAGAAACCGGGCGUAUUAUAAAUAUACUAUGGUAGGGACCUUGUGUUAUUAUUCAUGAGCUUAGAAGAAUGUUUUAUUAUAGAUCUACAUCUAUUACGAAUAC